GAGCCGACUCCAGCUUCUCUGAGCUUCACUGCCACCUGUGGGCCGCGGCUCGGAGCGGAGCCCCCUUUGUCCUGUGUGGCCCCCCCUAAGAAGUCCUCCUGGCGGGGCUCGGGGUGCUGGGGGCUGGGGAGAUGAACGCUGCGGCCAGCAGCUACCCCAUGGCCUCCCUGUACGUGGGUGACCUGCACUCGGACGUCACCGAGGCCAUGCUGUACGAAAAGUUCAGUCCUGCGGGGCCUGUGCUGUCCAUCCGGGUCUGCCGCGACAUGAUCACCCGCCGCUCCCUGGGUUAUGCCUACGUCAACUUCCAGCAGCCGGCUGACGCUGAGCGGGCCUUGGAUACCAUGAACUUUGAUGUGAUUAAGGGAAAGCCAAUCCGUAUCAUGUGGUCUCAGAGGGAUCCCUCUUUGAGAAAAUCUGGCGUGGGAAAUGUCUUCAUCAAGAACCUGGACAAAUCUAUAGAUAACAAGGCACUUUAUGAUACUUUUUCGGCUUUUGGAAACAUUCUGUCCUGCAAGGUGGUGUGUGAUGAGAACGGCUCUAAGGGUUAUGCCUUUGUCCACUUCGAGACCCAGGAGGCUGCCGACAAGGCUAUCGAGAAGAUGAAUGGCAUGCUCCUCAAUGACCGCAAAGUGUUUGUGGGCAGAUUCAAGUCUCGAAAAGAGCGGGAAGCUGAGCUUGGAGCCAAAGCUAAGGAAUUCACCAAUGUUUAUAUCAAAAACUUUGGGGAAGAGGUGGAUGAUGAGAGUCUGAAAGAGCUAUUCAGCCAGUUUGGUAAGACUCUAAGUGUCAAGGUGAUGAGAGAUCCCAGUGGGAAAUCCAAAGGCUUUGGCUUUGUGAGUUACGAAAAACACGAGGAUGCCAAUAAGGCCGUGGAGGAGAUGAAUGGAAAAGAAAUCAGUGGGAAAGUCAUUUUCGUCGGCCGUGCACAGAAGAAAGUGGAACGGCAGGCCGAGUUAAAGCGAAAAUUUGAACAGCUGAAACAGGAGAGAAUUAGUCGGUAUCAGGGGGUGAACCUCUACAUUAAGAACUUGGAUGACACCAUUGAUGAUGAAAAGUUAAGGAAAGAGUUUUCUCCUUUUGGAUCAAUCACCAGUGCUAAGGUGAUGCUGGAGGAUGGGAGAAGCAAAGGGUUUGGCUUUGUCUGCUUCUCAUCCCCUGAAGAGGCAACCAAAGCAGUCACGGAGAUGAACGGACGCAUCGUGGGCUCCAAGCCACUGUAUGUCGCCCUGGCCCAGAGAAAAGAAGAGAGAAAGGCUCACCUGACCAACCAGUAUAUGCAGCGGGUGGCCGGGAUGAGAGCGCUCCCCGCCAAUGCCAUCUUAAAUCAGUUCCAGCCUGCAGCUGGGGGCUACUUUGUGCCAGCAGUUCCACAGGCUCAGGGAAGACCUCCAUAUUACACACCUAACCAGUUAGCACAGAUGAGGCCUAAUCCACGCUGGCAGCAAGGUGGGAGACCUCAAGGCUUCCAAGGAAUGCCAAGUGCUAUACGCCAGUCUGGGCCUCGUCCAGCUCUUCGCCAUCUGGCUCCAACUGGGUCUGAGUGCCCGGACCGCUUGGCUAUGGACUUUGGUGGGGCUGGUGCCGCCCAGCAAGGGCUGACUGACAGCUGCCAGUCUGGAGGUGUUCCCACAGCUGUGCAGAGCCUAGCGCCUCGUGCCGCUGUUGCUGCUGCUGCUCCUCGGGCUGUUGCACCUUACAAAUACGCCUCCAGUGUCCGCAGCCCUCACCCCGCCAUCCAGCCCCUGCAGGCACCCCAGCCUGCGGUCCAUGUGCAGGGGCAGGAGCCGCUGACCGCCUCCAUGCUGGCCGCAGCACCCCCACAGGAACAGAAACAGAUGCUGGGUGAACGUUUGUUCCCGCUCAUCCAGACAAUGCACUCAAACCUGGCUGGGAAGAUUACGGGGAUGCUGCUGGAGAUUGACAACUCGGAGCUGCUGCACAUGCUGGAGUCCCCCGAGUCUCUCCGCUCCAAGGUGGAUGAAGCUGUGGCGGUGCUACAGGCUCAUCAUGCCAAGAAAGAAGCUGCCCAGAAGGUGGGCGCUGUUGCUGCUGCUACCUCUUAGACAAGGACAAACCGAUUCAAAAGCCAAAUAAACCCUCAUGGAAUUCAGCUCAAGGUUUGAAGACGUCCUAGCUUGUCCUAUGGACCUCAACACCAAGAACCACAAAUUGCAAGUUUAAUAGGUCAUUUUGUAUCAAAAGGUCAAUUAUGAAGCACCUAGAAUUUUUCAAUUAAAAGAAUAUAUUCUCUGGGUUCUGAUAUGGCCCAAACAGUGUUAACUUUUUUUUUCUAUUGUGAGUUUUGAUUCCCCCCCCCCAGAAACUGGUUUUAUUUGAUGUACCCAAGUCUUAAGUUUCUCAAUAAAGAAAAAAUCUCCGUAAAACUG